GGCAGCAAGCAGCGGGGCGGGUACUCGUCGAGCGCCCACGAGAUGGCGCAGUUGGAGUCGCAGUCGGAGGAAACGGUGUCGCUGAUGAAGGACAAGAUCGGGGCGUUGCGGGAGCUGUCGGUUGCAAUGGGCACGGAGAUCAACAAGUCGAAGCGCAACCUCGUGGAGCUCGGCGAGGAUAUGGGCGUGUCGAGCGAGCGGAUCCGGUACAACAUGAACCGCAUGAGGCGGUUUGUCGAGCGCAGCGGGGUGGGCUGGAAGGUGUGGCUAGGCUUUGCCGCCGUUGUGAUGUGGUGUUUCCUGUGGGUCUGGCUC